AUGGCAGAGACCAUGCCGGUCCACGGCCAGGAUAAGCCAGCGCAGCAGCACCCUCGCGGCCUGCUAGGCCUGCCCGCCGAGCUGUUGCUCUACAUCUGCGACUUGACCUUCGGGCAAAGAGAGCCCAUCCACCUCUUCAGGACGCUCACUCCCAGCAUCAACCAAGCCGACGUAAAGCAGCCAUGCUUGUCCCGCGCGUGCCGCCAACUUCGUGCGUUCGUCUUGCCUCGAUUCUACAACACCACGGUCUUCAUCGUGAACGAAAGCUACGCCAUGCCGACGCAUCUGGUGCUCUGGCUGCGCGCCAUCGGCCAACAUAAUCGCGUGCAUUUGAUGCAGAUGUACGUGCGCGGUUCUUGGAACGCCUCCGUUCUGCUGGUGCUCGCGGUGAACGUGCAUCUUGGCUAUAAUCUGGGCAGGGGUGGCAAUCUGUCGGCCGGGAUGGAUGGUGAUCUUCAUCACCUGAGCUUUCCGGAGCGGACUACGUGGCAGGCGGAGGUGAAAAAGUUGUUGCAACGCAUGGGGAUCGUUCGUGAGGUCGAGGAUGACGAUGGUUCGUUGGAUCUGAACUUGGCUUUGGCGCUCAUGCAGAAAACGGAGGACGAUUGGGCUGUUGGCUGGGUUGAGGAGGAGGGCGAGUGGUGA